UGGAAGAAAUUCUUCACGAUUUCUAGAGUUCCGGGAUUACUUCACUGAUAUCGAUUUUCGCCUAAGCACGGCCUCUAGGUUAGUUCAAAGUGUAAUACAACGAACUAUCGAUACACCGAAAACGAGUCAAGAUGGAUACAUAAAAUGGAGACAUCGUGGAUUACCCAAAUUGGGACGACGAUAGGACAUUUCACUUUCUUUCGCAAUAUUUCUGAUCAUGACUCAACAACUAGGAAAGGGGAUUGCUUACUCUCAGCCACGUUUUCGCUUAUGCUUAGUCAAGUGAGGAUUCCAUUCGAAGUAACGUAACAGGAGCACCAUCUUCAAAACUUCUCGGGAUCCGGAGUUUUUCGAUAAAAGGUCCCAUCCUUCAAUAUCAUGAUUGGGUCAACUAGGCCAGAUCAUAAGUGAAAUAGUUUGAUCGGGUCGACCAGGUCAGGCCCGAUCAUGAGUGAAUAGAAAAUCGAAAACGUACAUAGCUGUUCCAGCGGAAAUACUUUGUUUAAUUCUACCACUUCUACUAGGAGUAGCCUUUUUAGUGCUAGCUGAACGUAAAGUAAUGGCUUUUGUGCAACGUCGAAAGGGUCCUGAUGUAGUGGGAUCGUUCGGAUUGUUACAACCUCUAGCAGAUGGUUUGAAAUUGAUUCUAAAAGAACCUAUUUCACCAAGUAGUGCUAAUUUCUCCCUUUUUAGAAUGGCUCCAGUGGCUACAUUUAUGUUAAGUCUGGUCGCUUGGGCCGUUGUACCUUUUGAUUAUGGUAUGGUAUUGUUAGAUCCGAACAUAGGGCUACUUUAUUUGUUUGCCAUAUCUUCGCUAGGUGUUUAUGGAAUAAUUAUAGCAGGUUGGUCUAGUAAGACAGGGGGCGGCCGUUCGGUCGCCUAUGAUAUACGGACCAAUUGGUCAAAAAUGGGUUUGUGCCGCAGGUGUUGAACGAUCUACUCUACACAGGUGUGGGCUUACAGGGCUAGGGCUCAUAAACCCUUUCUUUCAUUCAUCAAGGGGUCGGUCACUUUUCCGGGCCGGGAUCGAGAAGUGGAAGUCAUAAAAAAGAGAUGUUUCUCUUCGCACCUCAUAUCAAGAGGAAAGGUAGCUUGUCAAGCUGGUCUCACUAUUGGAAAUUCUAGCUUUCUUUUUUUUUCACCGGCUCUUCUUCUUUGUCAACGCUACUAAGGACCUGACGGUUCGCCUACUUGAUGGAUGAAAGAACAUGAGAAAGGGUUCUAAAAUAAAAGGCUAGAAAGUCUACUACAGUACAGUCAAAGUCAGCGGCUGAGUUUGCCUAGCCUCGCCUACUCAUUUUUGUA